AUGUCAGAGACACCGAAAAGAGAGAGAGAGAGAAGAUUUGCAGUGAAGUUUUUUUCUGAUUUUACUCAGCUGAGAAUCGGAGAAAUCGACCGGCGGUGUUGAGUUUCUCGCCGGAGUUUGUUGUUUAUUUCUUUCGUUUGAUGAAAGAGAGUCGACGGCGGCCAUGGAGAGAAAUAUAGGUGGUCGGAGAACAAGUGCGGAGAACUUCAACGUAAUCUCGAAACUACGACAGAGAAUUUCCAGUGUCAGAAAUGCACCUGGGGAAGAUAAGGAAAUGGAUGAAAGAGUGAGGUUACGAGAUCGAGAACAAAUAUGCAAGAAGGAGGGGGAUCGAUUGUACGGCAAGCGGAAGAGAACGAGUUGCACCGGGAGCGAUGGGAGCUCGGAGAACAACGGAGAAGAGGAAGAACGUAAAGUUCAUCGGAGUCCGAAUCCUCCUCCAAAGCAAACGUUGCCGUCAUCUUCUAUGUCGAUUCGUCAACGGAGGACUGUUGCUCCGGCCAGAGUAGCAGCAAAGUCGUCGCCGGCUAAUGAGAUUAUCGGCCUUCAUAUCCCAAAAAAGGCUCGCUCAGUGAAACGGACAUAUGCGUAUUGUAAUUCGGGAACGGGUCAAUUUGGUGAGGAGAGAAACAAUCGGAGACUUUCGCCCUUGUCGAUGAGUCGCUGUGUGGAUGGCGGGUUGCCUUCAUCUUCGAGCAUUUCUUCCAAGGCAAAGAAACUACUUGGCCCCAAGACUCGGCAUCAAAUGAUACUUCCCAAUUCCUCUUCGUUAAUUCAAGACGAAUUAGAGGUUGCCGAGGCUCUGUUCGACCUGAUGAAGCAAUCUCGUUCUCCGUCUCAGUCUCAAUCUCUGUCGCCGUCGCAGGGCUCUAUGAAACGAAGCGAUUACUCGAGUGAAAAGAUCUGCUCAAGUAGCUCAAUACCCUCCCAGACUUCAGAUUCACCUCAAGAAGUAGGCUCGAAUAAGAAAGAUGGUUCAAUGGCUGAAAUGAACACACAGGAGCAGUUGAUCACAAUGGAAGCUGAGAGGAUAGUGGGUGACUCGCGGGAAUCAAAGGACGAAGAAACUAGUAAGAAGGAGAAUGAUUCAAUUGAUCUAACCAAGGAGUUACUGGCUGGAGGAAGGGCUGAGACAGAGGAAUUGGUGUCUGCAAAAGUGGAGGAAUCUCAAUCAUGUGCUAAAAUAUGUGUUGAUAAUCUUUCAGAUUCGGCAAAAGUUGAUACAACUUUCAUGGUAGUUGACACAAACCAAAAAACCAAGUCUGAGAUUGUUCUAAUGGAAGGUGUAGUUAUGCAAGAGGAUGAACAGAAGGUGGUUAGAACUGAAAGGGGGGAGCAGAAACUUGGCAAAAUAUUUCUAAAAGAGGAAUUAUGUAAAGAGCACCAAGUGCAAAAGGAGCAAAAUCAAUGUCGAAAUGCUAUUCAUAAGGAGAACAAAAUUGAUCAACCAAGCUUAUUCGCGUUGCCAGUUGCUAUGGUGGGCAGGCCUGGUGUAUUUCCUUACCCAGGAUACAUGCCUGCUUUGCAGACAGUUUUGCCAAUUGAUCCUUCUAGAUCUACCAGGUCUUCAAAUGCAGUGAAGUCUCCCCCAUUUCUACUCCCACCAACUCGGCCAAAGAAAUGUGUAACCCAUCAAUAUAUUGCUUUGAAUAUUAAACAUCACCAGCACCUUGUUAAGAACUCCAAGUGGUGUGCACCAGCCGGUCCUGAUAAAAGCGGGGCAAAGCUGCAAAAUCAUAGUCCCGUGCCAUCAUCACAUCCCUUGCUACUAGGAGACGCUUGUCGAGGGCAGAGGUUGAACACUAUACCAAUUCAUGGAGGAAAAGAUCAAACCUCAGGAAUUACCAACAUUGGGGAUUCAUCAAAGGAUAAACAACUUAUGCUUCAACAUCCUCUACUGCUACUCUCUGGUAGUAAUUCACUGCAUGGCCCAGACUUGAUGUUCCCUCUUGGACAGCAUCAAACAAUGGUAGGGUCAUCUGUUAAUCAGUCAGGACCUCCCAAACCAGCUAAAGCAAUGGGAAAAACUUCUUUACAGUGUAACUCAGCUGUGAGAGGGGAAACUGCAUUUAACUCUUCGUCAAUGCCAGCUGAUGCUACAACAAUAAGCUUUAAAGGUAUAAAUUUACAUGCAAAUAAAGCUCCUCCUCAGAUGAUGGCAAUGGUACAAAACAACGGCUAUCCAUUUUCUAUGAUCUCAAAUAAUGUUGAAAUGCUUUCACCAUUUCUGGCCCCCGCUAUCCCAAAUGUUCCUGGUCCUGGUCCUGGCUAUUCACCAACUUUCCAGACUUUCAAAGCUCAUCAACAACCAGUUUCCCACAAUACUAGCACAUCGACUGGUUCAUUAUCUCAUACACAACCACCCAGUCAUCAACAAAAAGACCCUCAAUCCAGCAGAAAUAGUUAUCUUAUGUCAGCUACCACACACUCACAGCAACCACCACCCCAUCCUCCUAAAAAGAUGGGGGCAGAUAUGAGUACCCAAACUAGUGCAUUGAUAUCUAAGCACACAUUUCACAGACAAAAACCUUAUAAUGGUCAGCAUUUGUCAAACCCUGUCCAACCAAUAAAUUUUGCUUUGAUGCCUCCUGGGAUAUUGGGUACUGGUGGCAAAAUCAUAUCUCAGCAGCAGCAGCAGGGUCUUAAAGUCGGUGAAGAGUUCAUCCCUCAAACAUUUGCUGGGUCAGUUGGUUCAACAACCUCUGCUACUCCCGCACUUAACUUAUCUUCUGUUGCACAGAAGCCUUCAAUCCUCCAUGCUCUCCCUGAUAUGUCCCAGCUAUCAGUUUUCAUCUGCCAUCCAAAUGGCACUGCUUAACAAGUUUCAAAAUUCUGGAGGAAAGAAUGUGGCCAGCCACUCUGACCAACAUCAGCAAUAGUAAAAAAGGAACCCAAUCUCCAUCCUGUUAUGCAUGCUAUGAUGCCCAGAAAGUGGCACAGUUUAAGCUACCUACCUACGAGGUGCAGCUCAAGUUAACGUUCCAUUUCCCAACAAGAAACCUCAUUUCCUCUCCAGUAGCCAGCCAACAAAGAUGGAGACCCUUGUGGGAGUAAUGCACUGAAAACUCUGUUGAUAAAGCAUGGAAAUUCGAUCUUCAAGCUUAGCUAGCUUCCCCCUCCAUUGUUGUUCUUCUGGAAGUUUACCAGGGUGGGUUCAGGGUUCUACUGCAAUGCAAGGAAUGGUAAAUGAAGCAGGCAGGCAGGCAGCUUCGAUAGUGACAAAGGAUGAUAGGAUGGUGGGGAGGUGAGAGGCCAUUGGCGCAAGUAGUGUUAAAAUGAAGGUUAGUCUAUGGAGGAGGCAAUGGGAUGUGUGUAUAUCUAUACAUAUUUGUUACUCCUCUGUUGUAUAUAUCAUAGUAGUAGUCUAGAAGUCCCUUCCUGUUUUUCCAAACCCUGGUUCUAAUCAAUGGAACAAAACCAGACAAUCAGACA